CAAGAUGACUUCGUGUCACGAAUUUUUUAAUCGUCUCCGAAAGCUUGCUUUCUCGGUGGAUAAGGAGACUAACGGACUAAGAGAGGCCUUAGAGAAUUCUGAAAUUUCUGCCUAUGAUGAAAAUCGAGCCUGUCUGUUAAUGCGUGAAACUUUAGCAGAGGUUAAGGCCUUGAAGAAAGAAAUUAAUGCUAAAGUGGAGGAUUCACCCCAGAAAUGUACAUUUGAAGACUUCAUCUCUGCUUGUUCAAGAAUCGUGAGUCGGACGAAAGAACAAAUGAACGAACUAGAGGAUCACCUGGUAAAAUAUGGAUAUACCAAGCCCAUAGAAAAUUUACCUGAUGUGACCAAAGUUGCUACAAGUCUUCCUGAAGACAAUGGAAGUGUUCCUAUGGAUGCUGCUGUAAGCUCUGAGCAAUCUGACAGUGGAGAUGAUGCCUCAUUUGAGAAAACUUCAGAUACUGAGAAGAGUAUUCCCAUGGAAAUGAACCAGCUUGACCAGAUCAGUGGUGCAGAUGUUGAAGACAUUCUUAAAACUCCUGAGCCACCAGUGACAUUCACCAAAAUGAUCGAGGUCACUCCACAGAGAUCACUCGAUAGUAAAGAAAAAGUCCUAACUGAUACAGAAAUGAGAUCCUGUUCAACUCCUGAAGCUCCACAAACAAACACACCCAUGAUAAAACCAAGACUAAUGGCUGAAUCCACAGACUCUCCAAACAGCAUCAAUUCAACACCACAGGGUUUCCUUGUCCCACCACAGCCUGUUACAGUCACACCAAUGCUUAAGCAUGCAGACCUUGCAGCAGUGACUCCACCUGGUUUGUCAAAGGGACAAGAAUAUUCGGAUCUACCAGCCCCACCCAUCAUGGGUACCCCAGGAUUCAAGACAAUUGUGCUUAGGGAAGAGGAGUCUCCCGUCAGUGGACUUGAAUCAUCCUUUAGUUUGGAUAGUCUUCCACCUCCCCCUGACAUUACAUCUGUUCAGCUCCUGAAACCAGAUGACGUAACAGCUCCUCCAAUUCAAAGCAACCCUUUGGCUGUAUUUGUACGGCCUCUUAAUGAACAAGAGUACAGUUCAUUACCAGUAUACGUGGCCAAUCAGUUUACCUUGGAAUCCAUCAAUCAGCAUCUCCAAACAAUAAAUGGAUAUUUGGCAGGUAGCAGUCAAGUGCAACAUGAACCUGUCAUGGUUGAACAGGAUCUCAGAGAUUUGUUAAACCUGGGAGCAGCUACUAAGGCAUUCAUGCUGGUAUUGGUGAAAACAGGACGACUAAAACUCACAGGGAAGAAGAUCAUGUUUUUUAACUCUGCAUAGGUCAGAUCUAAGUACUGGAUUAUGACCCUUAUGCCUUUUCCUUAAGAACAGCUAAGAAUAGCUAAGAAUAGCUUGUUAAGAUACUUACUUGUAAAUUACUAUCCAGGAACGUUUCCCAAAACACUUGGAUCAAAAGAAUAACCAACAGAAAACAACAAUAAAUAUAUAAGUAGCUUUAUUAUCCAACUACACUUCGUAGAGUACAAAUAACACCAUAG